UUUACCUAUUUCUACAGAUAAGCAUUAAUUUGAUACUAAAAACAAAAAAAUAUCUUUUUUGUAAGCAGAAUAAUUUAAAAAGGUAUAUAAUUAUACACUACAAAUUUAAAAUUUAAAAAAUGAGGUCAACUACUUCAACAAUUAGUUGAGAUAAUUGCAACAAUUACCCACCUAGUAACAACUAAAGAUGAAAAUUAUAUUUUUGACUUCAGAGAUAGUAAAAGGCAUGACUUUAUUUUUUGCGUGAGAAAAUAUUUAUACAAAAGUAAUUCUUCCUCUACGGAGAAAUAUAUUAAUUUCACAUUUAAUGGGAACCUUAGGAGGUGAAUCAUUGAAACUAAAUAAAGCGUACGAUUUCAUCGUUGUUGGUGGUGGAAGUGCUGGAGCAGUAGUUGCCUCAAGAUUGUCCGAGGUAUCCAAUUGGAAUGUUUUGUUAUUGGAAGCCGGUGGUAAUGAGAACGAAAUUACGGACGUUCCAAUGUUCGCGCCUUACAUUCAGUUAACAGAAUUAGAUUGGAAAUAUAAAACCAUUCCGUCAAAUUCAUCAGCUUAUUGUCUCGCGAUGAAAGAAGGCAAAUGUAAUUGGCCACGCGGAAAAGUUCUAGGUGGUACCAGCGUAUUAAAUGGAAUGAUCUAUUUGCGUGGAAAUAGAAAGGAUUACGACAAUUGGGCAAAAAUGGGUAACACUGGUUGGAGUUACGACGAAGUUCUUCCUUAUUUUCUCAAAUCAGAAGAUAAUAGGAUCCCUUCUUUAGAGAAGUCACCUUAUCAUAAAACAGGUGGUUACUUGACUGUAGAUGAAUUUCGAUGGAAGUCAUCAUUUUUAGAUCCUAUUUUGCAAGGUGGUGAAGAACUAGGUUACAAAAAUCAAGACAUUAAUGGUGAAAAUCAAACUGGCUUCAUGCGCACGCAGGCUACGGUUCGCGAUGGGAAACGUUGUUCGUCUGCUAAAGCUUUUUUAAGACCGUUAUGGAACAGACCUAAUUUACACAUAGCUUUAAACGCUCAAGUAUUAAAGGUACUCGUUAAUGCCAAAAAACAAGCUACGGGAGUACAGUUUAUUCGUGACGGAUUAAAACAAACAAUCAGGGUAAGAAAAGAAAUAAUUUUAUCAGCUGGAUCAAUCAAUUCACCUCAAUUGCUAAUGCUGUCAGGAAUAGGACCAAAAGAACAUCUCAAAGAACUCGAUAUACCGGUAAUAUCUGAUCUUCGUGUAGGUGACAAUCUUCAGGAUCAUAUUAGCUUUUAUGGAUUGUUCUUAACUGUAAACGAAUCUACUACUCCAGAAAGAGAACAAUUAACAACAUUAACAAAAUUUUUAAAUUACAUAAUAUACAAAAACGAUUCUUUGACUGCUGGUGGAAUCAAUGCAGUUGCUUUCGUUAAUACUAAAUACGCUGAUCCCUCUGGUGAAUAUCCGGACAUUCAGUUCCACUUUUUUUUACUUCAUAAAUCCAAUGGUUUUGAUAAAUAUCGCAAAAAUACUUUUGGAUUUAAAGAUACCGUUUACGAAACCGCAGGGAAAUUGUUAGAGAAUGUUACAGGUUGGAUAAUAUUACCAACUUUAUUAAAACCAAAAAGUUCCGGUUGGGUUCGUUUAAAGACAAAAGAUCCUCUUGCUCAUCCCGUUAUUAAUCCGAAUUAUCUCGCUCAUAAAGAAGAUAUUAACGUUCUCAUCGAAAGUAUAAAUAUAGUAAUGUCUUUGUCAAAUACAACUGCAGUUAAAAGAUCCGGUUUAGAAUUGUAUUCCAUACAAUUGCCUGGUUGUCAACAAUUUCUUUUUAAUACGUACAAUUAUUGGGAAUGCCUUAUAAGACAUUACACUUAUACAAUCUAUCAUCCAACGGGAACUUGCAAAAUGGGACCAAAAAAAAAUUCAACAGCUGUUGUGGAUCCAAGAUUAAGAGUUUAUGGUGUAAAGGGUUUAAGAGUUAUUGAUGCAUCUAUAAUGCCUAUUAUUGUUAAUGGAAAUACUAAUGCACCCACUAUCAUGAUCGCCGAAAAGGGUAGCGAUAUCAUAAAACAAGACUGGAAUGUCUUAAAAAAAGAAUUAAUUUUGUAAAUAAUUUUAUCACACAAGCGAGAAUUAUUAUUUUCAAAAUGUUUUCCGAUUAAACGGUCUAAUGUAAGAUAUUUAUAUAAUAUUCUUCAGGGGCACCACUAGUGUGACCGUCUGAAAAAAGAUGAUUUUUGAGAAUUUUUUUAAAGUAAACUACUGCAUGGAAUGUUUUAAUGUUGUAAGGAUAUAUUAGUUGAUAUAUGGCCGUUUAUUUUGAAAGUGGCAUAAGUCACUUUUUCAAAAAAAUCGAAUAAAUGUCAACACUAAUUACAA